CACUAGUGUAUUUUCUUGUGCUUUCAAAAGAAACAUUGUCCUGUUUAGAAUUUUACAAGUUUUACUUUGUUAAUAUCAAUUUUCACAAUCAAAAUUUAUAUUUGUGCUUCAAAUACACUAGAAAAAAGUCCAUAUCAUCACUGAACCUCAUUUUAUUUACUAAUUGCCUUUCAACUGCUUGUUUUAACGCCAAUGUCAGUAACCUUAAAUAGAGACGAUGCCGACAAAUUUUGGUUGCUAAUUUACUAGCUAUGGAUCCUCUCAAUGAUUCAACUGCGUCGAGAAAGUCUUCCAAAUGCGACGGUGAUCCAGAAAAGCCAGUGAAAGGUGGCAAAACUGCGAAGAGAACCGACGAUGACAGGGAUGAAAAUGUGUUUACAUGCAUGUCACAAGACACAAAUCCUUGUUUAUUAUCAAUGAACGGCCCUCAGGGGAAACUGCAUGCGACAAACCAAUCACACAAAAUCACAACCAACCAUACAAAUCAACACAAUAAUGUUACGCUAGAAACAUCUAAUAGGAAUGUCGAACAGAGUGUCGCAACAAGUAGUAAAUGUGAGGUAAACAAUCGGGAGAAGGUCACAGAGUCUAACUACGACAAACAGGCGUGCCAAAGGCAUAAAGUAUGCUUAGAUUCUUCUGGAAAUACUUACAAUGCGGACGGCCCUUCAACAAGUGGCAGCUCAAGACCUUGGUGCAACAUUCCAGACAGUAGUGUCAAAGAAAACAGAAAGAGACCUUCGACUUUGAAACUAAAUAGAUCUAACGUCGAUGAUGAUAGUUCGAGUGACACAGGGAAUGAUGACUACUCCCUCGGUUCAGAAGACGGUUGUAUAUACACAUAUAAAGGUGGAGAACACUUAGCAGAUCUACCCAGCUCGUUUUUUAGCUUAGACAUGGGUCUUCCGUUGGAUAAGCAUCUACCUGUCCCACUAAACUACCCAGUACAGCAGCAGCAGCAAAAUGCCAGAGACAACUCUCGAGCUUCGAGUCCAGACAUGGACUUCUUGGAAAUGGACUUUGAUCCUGGGCCAUCAUGUGAAGUUGACACUGGGGAUGAAUCAACGCCGGACGUUGAUAUGGAUCCAGCCAACUUGCCCGAAGAAAAUGAGCCUGUAAUCCGAGGCACUUCUCCGGAAUAUGUUCCAGUGGCCACACAUGCUUUGCCAUGUACGAGUAAGCAGAGCGAGGCGGAGUCACAUGACUUCUGUGUUCCAUCAUCUAGUAAAUAUGAAGAUAUGGGUCAUGGAGACCAUCCUACAAUCACAAGAUGUGAGACGUAUGGCCCGUACAUCACACAUAUUAAUGUGAGAGGUGAACACAUUCUAGUCAGGAGGACCAUGACUCAUUGGGUGUCCAGUACCCCAGCAGCUAUGCAUAUAUCAAGUGGGGACUUGAUAUCACCGAGAGAAAUAUUGAGUUAUGACGAGGAUCACAGUAAGGCGGCUCAUGCAUAUCAGAUAAACCAGGGAGAGAAGCCGACUUUUGAUUCUGUCAAUCUCUCCUCUACGCUGUUCCAUAUGACCAUGGCUAAGAAGUUGAUGGUUGAGAAUGCUAAACCUGAGUCGGAGUCAGAAGUACCAACUCAGGAGUCGGACGGAGCGGGCCGCUCGAACAUAACGUGCGUGGAGCCGCCGCGUUGCAUGGUGUGGUCGGAGCGCGAGGCGUGCGAGCGGCAGGUGACACAGAUCGGCACGUCAGCUUGCGGCGCCACCGCUGUUGUUAAUGUAUUUAUUGCACUUGGUAUACCUUGGAACGUGGACCGAAUUAAUGCUGCAGUUGGCACGAGGCAGAGAGCUAAUAAUGCCCCAAUACCCAGGUAUCUUCUCUCCCGGGCUGUUGCUGGUUGCACGGCUGCGGACCUGGUGUCCGGUAUACACAAGGCCUCGGACGGGCUGGUCACAGCGAGGUUCUUCCCCACAUACCCCGAGAGAGUUGUGUCGCUGUCUCAUUGGUUGGCUGAUUGGAUUUCACUCGGAGCGGUACCGAUCCUGACUUUAAACCUUCAAAUGGGAUGCGAGGGCGAGAUACCCGACGCGUGGCAUCACCAAAUGGUGUGGGGUGUGAGCCCCCGGGGGAUAUAUCUGUCCAACCCGGUCGAGUGUGUGAGCGAGACGGCGCUAUGGCCGCGGCUAGCAGCGCCCUCUACGUUGCUAGUGCGGACGCGCGAUGUUCUGUCUCGCUUCACGCCCGGCACGGAUCUAACGCCGCUUGCUGCGGUGCCCGAUCGACGAUUUCACACGUAUAACGUGCUUGGUCAAGUAGUAAACGCGAUUCGGGAAUGGCGUUCCACGGGUUCUAUGGAAACGGUGACGCGUACGCACUUACGUAUACCCGCGGCGUACCGGGCGGGCGUGACGCUGGCGGCGCUGACCGGCUCCGAGGCGCACCGGCGGCUAGUGCACGCACCGCAUCUGCCCGCGUUGGCGCCGCACGAUGAAGGUCGAAGCACACUGGAAGACAAUUUUAAAGACAAAAUUUAGAUGUGGAAGAUAAUAUAUUUUUGGUAAAUCGUGAAAAAGGUAAUACCACCGAAAUUAUACUCAUAGUGUAGGUUAAAAGAUACACGUUGGGUCGAAUUAACUAUGGUUAUUCUAACCUCCUUACUAAUAAAAAUGGAUGUUGCCAUCUUUAUCUGAUGUGCUAGGAAUGUAACUGGAAGGACAAAGAUAGCACGUGCCAUCAGAGAAAUCGAUUCGGAGGCAGAUGGCAGGCUUCGUUAUUUAGUCUGGUUAUGUCAAGUUAGUGUCAGACAUGAAUGACAUAAUCCGACCAAAUAACGUAGAAAGGCCGUAGAUUGCUUAUCUAAUCAGUUGUGUUUUAUUAGUAAGGGGAUAAAUCUUUACACUUGUCACAUCUAUUUAAAUAUUUAAGGGAACAAUCGCCCAAUCUAAGGGCCAAUAACAUAGCUCUCACCCGAUUUCGACCAAUCAGUUGACAGUUUUUCUUAGCUGUUAUUUAUAUUUGGUUCGACUUCCAAAAAGGAGACGGUUUAUGAAAAGCAUUUUUUGACGAAAAUUUUACUGUUUUAUGCUGAAUUUUAAACCUUUCUGUAUAUAGCUCGUACUUUUUAAAAGUAUAUAAAUGCAACAAUAUUCAAUAGCUAAUGUGCUACUGUAGCUAUGCCUUUAUAAUAUAUAUUUGUAUGCGUAUGUACUCGUUUAGUCUACGGCCAAAUAUUUAUUUUAUAAAAGGAGUCAAAUUCUAAAUUCGUCGUGUUAAGAGGCCGGGUACCAUCGUAAUACCGAAAUCAUUUUCUCAUACGAAAAUAUUUAACAUGU